GCUGCCAAUGUAGCCACCCAAAAUUUCCCAGUAUUGCCACUAACAAUCGCAAUAAUAUUAUUUUUGGUAAUUUUCAAUUGCUCUCGCAGAUUCUUGGCAAGAAUUUCACUUUUGGUAAUUAUUUCACGAGGGACAUUUCACUAGCUUUUGGACUUACCAAAGCUAUGGAAUUUUCAGGAAAUGAGUUGAGACGAUCAUGGAGUAAUUUUCCGGCAGAUUCGUAAGGGAUUUUAACAUUUUUUAAAGAUUAUAUAAUUACUCAAACGUGAUUAAAGUAUAAACAAGAAAUAAUUUAAUUAUUUUAAAUCGUGCAAUAAUUAAUCGUGGGUGGUUGAACGGUUAUGCAACCAAUAAUACACUAUGAACAAAUAAAAGAUGACUUUAUUCACUAAGUUUUUUACUAAAAUGGAAUUAUGACACUUAGGUAAGUAAUUUGACUCAACUAUGUAAAAUCCGUUUUAUUUAUUUUGUUUUUUUUGUGGUAAAUUGCCGCAAGAUUUUAAAAUUGGCGCUUGCAAAUGUCACUUGUCAUAUGACGUUGACAGUCAGCUGUUAAUUCAAAAUAAACCCCCAUUUUGCAAAAUGAAUAUAAUGCGGCCUGCUAAAAAGCGGUGUUUCGUCCCCUGGUGCAAGGGGGGCACCCAACUGUCAAAAAACAUAGAAUUUUUCACUCUUCCGACUUGUAAAAUCCGCCGUCGCGCGUGGCUCCAAGCCCUGAAUUUGAUGAUGAACCCAAGUGAUUUUCAGCUAUUCACAGUUUGCUCACGCCACUUCAAAUCAGGUCGGCCGUCAUCGAAAAUUGACGAUGUUGAUUGGGUCCCCAACCAGGAAAUUAAGCCCCCUGUGGUGAUCCAAAUCAAGUCUAAAGUGAAACAGCUGUUUGAAGGAUACGACUCCGAAAUGUGGAACAUCAUCAGGAGUAUCCCCGAAAUUGAGGAGGCUUUCGAUGUCCCUGAAUACGUUGUUAUCAAGGAGAAGAACACAAAAAGCCUCCCGAAAGACGAGAAGGGGUUUUACAACCAUGAUCAUGAUUAUUUGGGGACACCGAUUUUCCACACAAGGAGGGCAGUGGUAGUUUCCAAUGCGCCCCCUUGUCCCCACGGCCACGAAUACGCCCUCAACGUAACCCCCGCAUGCCAGUUCGUGGAUCUGGUCCAUUUUUGCAAUAUUUGUGUGGAGGACUUGGAGGAUUUGUUUUCUUUUAAUAGACACAUGUUGGUACACAUGCACAAAAAUGACGUUGAAUGCAAGGUCUGCCACCAGAGUUUUUUCACCACGACGUGUCUCAACAACCAUAUUAAGGACACACACACCGCUUUGUGUCAAAAGUGUCAUCGCCGAACCCCUGUAGGGCAACUGUAUUGGCAUGAAUUGGUCAACGCCAAACAAAAACAUAAAAUUCUUCCUAAAUGUGCAAAUAAUCGGAAUGAACGAAUCUGGUGUUGUGUCUUUUGUGGGAAAAAAAUUGGGGCUGUGAGACAGUUUAACCAACACAUGGCGACACAUAAAACGACUGUGCAACAAGCUUUAUAGCGUUACGUUUAUUUAUUUUUGUUAUGUUUAUGCAAUAAAAGUUGAUUUCUUUA